GCCUGGGGUAAGUUGUGCCACUUACCCCAACUUGUUCUAUUUUUUUUCUAUAUAUUACUUUAUGGUAUUUUAUUGUUAUUGUACAUUGUAUUCUUACAUUUGAUCACUAAAUCUAUGUGAUAUACUAAAUUUCAGACCAUCAUGCCACGCAACUACAAACGCAAGACAGACAGGGUUCCAACUCCGGAGUUGGAAAGAGCAGUGAAAGAGGUGCAAGAGGGAAAGACCAUACGUCAGGUUGGAAAGGAGAUUAAUAUCUGCAGGAUGACCAUAAAACGAUAUAUGGAUAAGAAAAAAAGUAGGCGCAGUAACAAAGCCGGAUAUGAAAGAACAGCAGCUGCCAAAUCUGUCUUUAAUGAGAGCAUGGAGAAAGAGCUUGUUGACCAUAUUAAAACCCCAGCAGCAAUGUUUCAUGGCAUAGAUUCCAUGAAAUGCCAUGAACUGGGUUUUGAAUUUGCACAAAGGAAUCACAUUGACAUGCCUGCCAGUUGGACCAGAGACAUAAAAACAGGUUAG